AUGGAUCCAUCAAGAAGUAAGGCCCGCUACCUUCGCGCGAAGCUGUGCGUGCUCAGCGCCGUCAACGCGGGCACCUUUGCGGCAGCCGUCAAUCUAGUGCUGACCCUCGAUCCGGAAGACAGGAUCUCGAUAAAGCGCGGCUGCGCCCUGACCGCGCUGGGCUUCGCCUACUUCAUGUCGCUGUUCGAGCUUUUCACCUUCGCCGCGCUGUUCACGGCCUCCGGUUCCCGGUUCCGCCAGAAGUACCGCCUCAACUGCAGCGAUGUUCUGGACAUCAACAACAAGCUAGUGUCUGCCGUGCAGGCGGCCCUGUGCUGCGUUACCGGCGCCGUGGUCUGCUUAUGGUCGUGCAACCGUGACUUCAUGCGCUCCUCGCAUUUCAUGUCCGAGGCAUACGCCUGGUUCGGCGCCGCCUACUUCUUCUACGACAUAUGGUCCAUGUACCUGGUGCACGUGCGCCAAGUGGGCUUCGCUAAGGGCAUAGGGGUCAUUGGCGAGGGACGCCCGCAAGGGUCCGCUAUC